UUUCACAAGUGCCCUUCCUAAACAAAUGUGUGUGUGUGGAUCUAAAGUUGUUUAAAUAUAUUCCUCCUCGUCCACGGCAGCUCACACAUGAAUUUUGAUCGCCAGUAAUUGCUGAAUGGUGUGUCUUUCCUUCCCAAGGAUAGUUUGACAAACUGUACGGAGUCUCUUCACUGUACAGUUGCAGCAUGAGUUUGGGGGAAAUCAAUGAGAAUGUGAAACUGGCUCGGGAAUAUGCCCUGCUGGGGAACUACAGCUCUGCAGUGGUCUGUUAUCAGGGGGUCCUGGAGCAGAUCAGAAAAUACCUCUACUCCGUAAGAGACUCCUCUCUACAGCAGAAAUGGCAACAGGUUUGGCAGGAGAUAAGUGAGGAAACGAAGCAAGUUCGGGAGAUCAUGGCAACACUCGAGAGCUUCCAGCUAGAAUCGACCCCAUCCAAACCCAGCAGUUUUGGCCUGGAGAAUGAUAUUUUGCCUGUUCAUGUGGAACACAGGUCUCCUCCAUGUGUAGUGCGGAAAUCCUCUGGGCCACAUAAAGACAGUAAAAGCCACGGUAACCGGAUAAGCGUUGGCCCCCGUGGUUUGCAGAGGCCAUCAACGCGCAUCGCCAAUGGUGACAAGGGAAAACCUCAGAAAGGCAAAGAAAAGAAAGAAAACCCAUCAAAGCCAAAAGAUGACAAGAACAAAGCAGAAGGUGUGGAGACAGAGGUAAAGAGGUUCGACCGAGGAGGAGAGGACAGAGACCUGAUUGAUUCUCUGGAGAGGGAUAUCAUCUCCCAAAACCCUAAUGUGACAUGGGAUGACAUUGCUGACCUGGAGGAGGCUAAAAAGCUGUUGAAAGAGGCAGUGGUUUUGCCCAUGUGGAUGCCCGAGUUCUUUAAAGGAAUAAGGCGACCGUGGAAGGGAGUGUUAAUGGUCGGGCCUCCAGGCACAGGAAAGACAUUGCUGGCCAAAGCUGUUGCCACUGAGUGCAGAACUACCUUCGUUAACGUUUCUUCUUCCACCCUCACCUCUAAAUACAGAGGAGAGUCGGAAAAACUUGUACGGCUUCUGUUUGAAAUGGCCCGAUUUUAUGCCCCCAGCACCAUCUUCAUUGAUGAGAUAGACUCUAUAUGUAGCCGUAGAGGAAACUCAGAAGAACAUGAAGCCAGCAGACGUGUCAAAGCUGAAUUGCUCGUCCAAAUGGAUGGUGUUGGUGGGACAUCUGACAAUGACCCAUCAAAAAUGGUUAUGGUUCUGGCAGCCACCAACUUCCCUUGGGACAUUGACGAAGCGCUGAGGCGUCGCCUAGAGAAAAGAAUUUAUAUCCCACUGCCCUCAGCUAAAGGCAGAGUGGAGUUGCUGAAGAUCAGUCUGAAAGAGCUGGAGCUGGCUAAUGAUGUUAACAUGGACAAGAUCUCUGAGCAAAUGGAGGGAUACUCUGGAGCUGAUAUCACCAACGUUUGCAGAGACGCUUCUUUGAUGGCAAUGAGAAGGCGGAUCGAGGGUUUGACCCCAGAGGAGAUUCGAAAUUUACCAAAGGAUGAGAUGCACAUGCCUACUACAAUGGAGGAUUUUGAGACUGCAUUAACGAAAGUAUCCAAGUCUGUAUCUGCUGCUGACCUAGAGAAAUAUGAGAAGUGGAUAGCUGAGUUUGGCUCCUGCUGAAGGGGCCUGACACAUACUGGGGUUAAACAAUCUCUAUUGCUCCUGCUUAAUCAACAUCAGCACUUUGAAUGACUGAGGGCUAGUUUCAGGGGUUGGCUCCCUGUGGCCAGAUAGGUCUUGCCUUAUAGGUAAAAAUAUUUAAUAGUUUAAUAUUUAAUAAUAUGCAAUACAAUUUAAAAGCAGUAGGUUUUGUUUAAUGUUUACCAGACAGAAAUGGUGGAGACUCUCCCAUGAAAAUACUUUAUCAAGGACCGAGGCAUAAAUUAUUUGUUUGCUUUGUUCAAAGCAUAUGGAUGGACUGUUCAGGCUUGUCCAGAACAUUCCGUUUUUGGUGCACUAAUAAUAAACAGCCCAGACAACAGUGCAUCCAUUUAGGUUGCUAGCACAAUAAUGGGUAAUGUUUGUUUUUUAUACUCUAGUGAUGAUGGCUUGUUUUUGUCUAUACCUGUAAAACCACACUGACCAAAGAUUAGUAAACCCUUCUAUUCACUGUUAAGUCACCAAAUGCUACCUUAUUUAAGCAAAGAGCUAUGCAAGUUACCAAGUUUACUGUUCCUUCUGUGCCACUUGUGUGGUUGAUGUAAAGGCCAAAGUUAUCAGUUAUCACAAAUCUUCUAAUGAAUUGUGGCAAUUAUCAGGCCAGCAUUAGAUUGUCUUAGUGUGUCCAGCGCUUUUAUAAACAUUAUGGACCAGUUCUGGUUUUCUCUUAGUGACAUUCCUUUGCUAUGAUCAGUUUGUAGUAUUAUAUUUUGCUGAAUAAACUUUUAAAUUGAACAGGAUUAUU